AUGACGAGGGAUAGCGGUCUUAGCAGCGCCAGCAGGCCCGGGCCCGGCGGUACCGGCAGCAACGUCGUCAUGCCGCCCUCCUGGACGACUAUGGAGUUUGGCGCUCCGGGUUCUCUCCUUUACCGCCUCCUAUUCCUCGACAAGCAAUAUCGCGCCUUUUCCCCCUGGCACGAAAUUCCCCUUCACGCCGCGCUCCCCCCUUCCGCCUGUCCCUCCCCUCCGCCCGCGCACGGGGAGCCGGGCCUAUCCGCGCUGUCUUUUUUCUGCGUUACCCCGCGCGGAACGUGGGCAAAGUUCGAAAUUGCCCAGGAUGAAAACUUCACGCCGGUUCGAGUGGCGGAGCGGCAGCCAGGCGGGGGCCCCGCAAGAUACGCGGAAAAUUGCCAGUGGAACCUGGGCGUGUUACCGCAGACUUGGGGCGACCCGAGGGCGCCCAACGAAGAGUACGGAGGCCUGCCGUACGACGGAAAGCCAGUGCAAGUGUUCGACGUGAGCGGCUCGCGCGGCGCCGCGAGAGUCGGGGACGUGUACGUGGUGAAGCCGCUCGCCGCGUUUGCCGCCGUGAGUCGCGCGCCCGCGGUUUCGUGGAAGGUGGUGGCCGUGGCCGUGGACGACCCGCUGGCUCUGGAGCUGCAUGACGUGGCGGACGUACAUCGGAAGCUUCCAGGAACGCUCGAGGAGAUUCGCGAGUGGUUACGGUUAUCAGACUGCAUGGAACCAGGCGCCGAAGGCGUCGCGUUCGGCUUCAACGAGCGCGCAUUGGACCGCCGGCGCGUGCAGGCAUUGCUCAAGGAGUGCCACGUGGCAUGGCAGCGCAUGCACGCCACGCUCCCCAUGCCCGAGCCCUGGAUCCCGCGCUCCCGCCCGCCCAAAAUCUCCACUAUUGAAGCCUUCUGGCCCAAGGGACAGCAGCAGCAGGAGAAGGCGAAGAAGGGGCAGGCAAGUGUGGUGCCCGUGUUACCAAGCAAGACCGCGAGUGUGGAUCAGACGAGUGGGGAUAACUCAGGUGUUACAGUUCCCUCAGACGAUAGUGCUGGUGCGAUGGUGGCGGUUGCUGGGGUGGCGGACGAGCGGAGGGACGGAGCGGUGAAGGGCGGAGAUGAUGGGUUGAGCGUGGUUUCGUGGGGCAACGGCGGAGGUGGGGGAGAUGGUGGGGUGGAAGGCCGGGGAGCGGGGGGAGAUGUGGAUAGGGGUGUGUGGAGAGAGGGGGCGGAAGAAGGGUUGCAGCAGGUGAGAGAGGGAUUGGAGGAGGGGGAAGAUGGGGAAGCGGAGGAGGAAGAGGAGGAUGGGGAUGAGCGUGCAGGGGGGUUAGAAGGGAUGCUGGCUGGGAGGGGUGUGUUGCUGAUGGGUCGCCGAUCAAAGCAGCAGCAGCAGCAGCAGCAACAGCAGGAGCAGCAGCAGCAGGAGCAGGAGCAGCAGGGUGUGCGUUAUGAAGCGGAGUUGGAGAGAGAUUUGGAUGAGGAAGAGAGGGGAGGAGAGGAGGUGGAAGCGGUAGAAGAAGAGGGAGGGGAGGAGAGAGAGGGAUUGGAGGAGGAGGAGGAGGAAGAGGAAGAGGAGGAAGAGGCGGAGGAGAAUGAGGAAGAGGCGGAGGAGGAAGAGGAAGAGGGAGAGGUAAGUGAAUUGGAGGUGAGGGAAGAGGAGAAGGUUGGCGGUUUGGUGGGUGGUGGUGGGGAGGAGAGACAAGAAGCAGAGCGGAUGGAAGGGGAGAUGGAUCAAAGAAGUGACGGGGAAGGUGCGGGGAAUGAAGAGGAAGAGGAGGGGGAAGAGGAGGAGGAGGGUGAGGAAGUGGAGGAGGGGGAUGAGGAGCAAGAGGAGGAAGAGGAGGACUUGUAUUCUGAUACGGCGGAGGGUGAGGAGGGUGUUACGAGGGAGAGCGGGAGGAGUAGUGAACGGAAGGAGCUAGAAGCAGAAGAGUAUCGGAGAGAAGGGGCGAUUGAAGAAGGAGAGGAGGAGGGAGAGGAGGAGGAGGGGGAGGAGGGAGAGGAGGGAGUGGAGGAUGGGGGUAGAAGGGGAAAUGGCGUUGGCGGAGGGAUGGGAGGGGGUGGGCCGGGUGGAGCGGCAGGAGCAGGAGGAGGAGCGAUGUAUGGGUCGGCUGCGUAUAGGAGGCGGUUUGGCAUGGAAGGGGGGGGAGGGUAUGGCGGCGGGGAUGUAGGUGGGGAGAGGAGGCGGCCGGAGAAUUUUGAAUCGGAGGAGAUGGAGCUGCAGAAGCAGCUGUCGGGACAGCGGGCGGACCGACGCCGCAUGGAGGCGAUGAGGAAGCAGCAGAUGCAGGGGCAGCAGGGCAGGGGAGGCGUGCCAGCAGGCUGGGCCAAGCCCAAGUGGUCAGACAAAGACGCUGCAAACCCCCAUGCCGCUGCCGCCGCCGCCGCCGCUGGCGGUGCUGCUGGUGCUGCUGCUGGCGGUGCGUUCGGCGCCUAUGCCAUGUUUGGAAACUUCUCCGGAGCACCCCCAGGCGCGGCCGGUGAGCAGCGGCAGGAGGAGGAGCGGGCGGGGGCGCUGGUAACCCUAUGGGUGCUGCAGGAGUGGCAGCGGGUGGUAACCCCAUGGUUCCGCCUGCGUUCAUUCCCAUGGGUCCUCUCGGGCCGAUGA